GCGAGUUGCCUGAGCAAGUAAAGGUUGCGGAUCUGUUUGCUGUUUUCGGGAAGGAGAAUUGGAGGAGGACGGCGUUGGGGGUUUUCUUGAUGGGCAUGCAGCAGGCGAGUGGAAUUGAUGGGGUGCUUUACUAUGCACCGCUACUCUUCGCUUCGGCGGGGCUCAAGUCAAGCACAGCAGCCUUCCUGGCAUCCGGAAUCUCAGCUCUUCUAAUUUUCAUUGUCACAAUCCCAGCAUUCCUCUUCGCCGACAGCUGGGGCCGCAAAACCUCCUCAAUCGUCGGCGGUUCAGCACAAGUACUAUCCAUGUUCACAAUAGGCUCUCUCUACGCCGCUGGCGCCGUACACGCCGGCCACGGCGCUGCGCGUUGGGUCGUCAUCAUCCUCAUCUACCUCUUCGCGCUCGCCUUCUCCGGAACCUGGGGCGUCUGUUUCCGCGUUUACGUCUCCGAAAUUCAAAGCCCAAAGACGAGAGCGGGGGCGGCGAGUCUUGCGUUAAGUGCGAAUUGGGUCGUGAAUUGGACCAUUGCGUUCACGACGCCGAUUUUUCUAGCGCGUAGCACUUAUGGGGUUUAUUUUUUCUUUGGGGGGUGCACGGCGGUUACGGUGGCGGUUUGUGUGGUUGCUAUGCCGGAGACGAGGGGAAAGAGUUUGGAGGAUAUUGAUGAAAGUUUUAGGGGCUAUAAGGGGAUGAGUUCUCGAGGGGCUGGAGUCUUCGGGCUCAGAAGUAUGGAGAACUCGGAUACCGAAGGAAGUGUGGAGGAGGUGAGGUUCCCGACUUCGGUGAAGGCUUGAGUUUGAGGGACUUUGAAGUGAACAGGGAUGAAAGUCGGCCAAUUGUGCGGUACUGUACGACUCGCAGUGGCGGAAGACAAGCUUUUUGAUGCAGCGUACGAAGGGCACUACUGCGGUGUCAUUGUCAUCAGUGCAUCCGUCCUUUGCGGAGGUUAUGCAGGGCUCAGCUGAGGGUG